UAGCCCUAGAACGAUACGCUCGCCAUUUCCUCUAGUCUACAUCACUUUAAAAAAAAAACCGACACAAUUUUUGAAAUUCGAAUCUCCGCAUCUGGAUUUCAGUGCGCCGCGUUUAUUAUCGAAAUACUCGAAUCUCAAGUUCGCUUUCGCGUUUUCGUCGCGAAGUUUUGCCAAACUUUGUCGUUUUGAAGUUCUUUUGAGUUUGGAACGCUCCCGCGCUUUGGUGUUCGCGCGUUUCGUCUACUUCGCAUCCCGCCCGUCGGCUAUAAUGCACGCGCAGGCGGUGCUCGCGCUGGCCCUGUAUGUGGCCGCCAACGUUCACCGAGCGAGCGCCCAGGCGCCGGAGAAACGGCGAACCGGCAACGUGUGCUCCACGGACCCUGAGUGCCCGGAUAACGCCUUCUGUAAAUCGGGCACCUAUUGCGUUUGCAAGGACGGCUUUAUCUACGCCGCAACUGAAAACGCAGAAAAGGCGUGCCUCAAGGUUGCAUCAUUCGGCGAUCACUGCCAGCAGCAGAUCCAGUGCCACACCAGUCUGGGUGUCCACUCCGAGUGUUUGCUAAACACCUGUUCAUGCAAGCCAGGCACACAGUUCGUCAACAACAGAUGUUAUAAGAUAGCACAUGUUGGCGAACUAUGCGUAUCCGACGAAAACUGCUAUAUAGAGCAGGCAAGGCCCGAAGAGCAGGCAUUUUGUAUACGCGGCUAUUGCCAAUGUCAACUGCACUACAACCAACGAGACAAUGGAACACGAUGCGUACGCGACGCUAACCUAGGCGAAGCUUGUGAAGAUGACGGGCAGUGCGCGGGAGUGGGCAUGAUGUGCAAAGGCACUUGCCGCUGCAAGGAGGGAUUUGCGGCACAGAACGACACUAAUGUCUGCCUGCAGUCCUUAGAGAACAUCGGUGACAGCUGUGAAUACGACAUCCAGUGUGAGAACCUCGCAGGCUCCCGAACCGUCGGUGCCACGAUGUGCCUGAACGGCGCCUGUUCUUGUGCGUACCACGCGAGGGCUGCCGGCACCCCGCCUCGGUGCUACGUCACGAGGCGCCCGGGACAACAGUGCCACGCUGACGAAGAAUGCCUGAGUGAGGACGACGAGCCCGGUUUCUGCCACCAAGGGCGCUGCACCUGCGCGGGUUGCGUACCCGACGCCCGCGACUUUGCCGACCACGCGUCCUCUGUCGCGCCCCUCCCCCUCUGCGCCGCCAUCUUGGCGACGGCCGCCAUGUUGGCUUGAACUUGAAUCUACGCUCGCUGUGCGGACUUUAACACUAUGGUUAGCUAAUGUUAAUAGUUUUUUGUGUUACAAGGGAGCAAAGUUCUUGUUUGAUUCAUCAUGCUAUUGUACCCGAGCAAGCGAAAGAUUCCAAAAUUGAAUUGAGGCAUGAGGCUUAAAGAAACUUUGCUACAGUGAAAUACAACACUACAUUACAAAUCAAUUCCAAUUCAACGCUAUCAAAUACAUAUUUAUUACUCAAAAUCAUCUCUUAGAAGUAAAUUUCAGCAGCCAUCAGUAGGAAACAAGUCAAUAGAUUCUGAUCACUUUGCCACUUUUGUGGAUAAAAUACAACUUUCUCAUUCGUUUUUGAAUAAUAAUAACGAUCUGGUGUGGUGACAAGUACUCUUUAUCGUUGAAUAGUUUCCUACUAUGUGUAAAUUGUUAACUUAUAAUGUACAUAUUACAUGGUAAGAGUAAAUUAAUAUAUUGUUGUUAAUUUUAUGAUUCACUUAAAUUUUAUUGUUUUAGAUGUUUAUGUAGACCAAAGAAUAUGUAGUUUUAAUUAAACGUAUACUUGA